AUGGACAACAUGAAAAAAGUUAGUAACAGCUCUUGCAAUGAUGGAGUUCUACUUAGAAUGGGCCUCAAUGAUAACAAAGCUGGAAUGCAAGGUUUGGAUAAAGAGAAAAUUAAUAAAAUCAUCAUGGACGCUACCAAGGGUUCUAGAUUUUAUGAAAAUGAGCUUAAAAAAGAUAAACAAGUUAACCAACGAAUUGAAAAAAUGAUGCAACUAAAAGAGAAAAUUACAACACAACAGCUCUUGAAAGCACAGCUGCAGGUGGACAAACUUGUGAUAGAACUGGAACAGAACCGUAACCUUAGCAGUACAAUUGUACACAUUGACAUGGAUGCCUUCUAUGCAGCUGUGGAAAUGAGAGACAAUCCAGAGCUGAAAGAAAAGCCUAUAGCAGUGGGAUCAAUGAGUAUGUUGUCCACCUCAAAUUACCAUGCUAGGAGAUUUGGUGUACGUGCAGCCAUGCCUGGAUUUAUUGCAAAAAAGCUAUGUCCACAUCUAACUAUAGUACCAUUAAACUUUGAAAAAUACGGCAAAGUGAGUAAAGAGGUUCGAGAAAUACUGAUCGAAUAUGAUCCCAAUUUUAUGCCUAUGGGCCUAGAUGAAGCCUACCUGAACAUAACAGAGCACUUGGAGGAAAGACUGAACUGGCCUGAGGAUAAGAGAAGAUUCUUUUUUAACACACAAAGUGCUACAGAAAAAGAUAAAGAUGAUAUAAAUAUGUCUGCCAAAUUUAAUGAAGGUGGUUACUCUUCUUCACCGGUACUGUUUGAAGACAACACAGCUCUGAUGGAUGACCACUCCAAACAAGGAGAUAAAUCAGUGGAAAAUUCUGUUGUCUUUGGAACUUCUGCAGAGGAAGUUGUGAAGGAAAUUCGCUUUAGGAUUGAGCAGAAAACUCAACUGACUGCUAGUGCAGGAAUAGCACCAAAUACGAUGUUAGCAAAAAUGUGCAGUGAUUGUAAUAAACCUAAUGGGCAAUGCAGAAUUGCUCCCGAGAGACAAACGGUGCUAGACUUCCUAAAAGAUUUGCCCAUUAGAAAGGUGCCCGGUAUAGGAAAAGUAACAGAGAAGAUGUUAAAAGCCCUUGGAAUUGUGACUUGCUCAGAACUUUACCAGCAGAGGGCACUGCUUUCUCUUCUUUUUUCAGAAGCAUCUUGGCGUAAUUUCUUGGAUAUUUCCCUUGGUUUGGGUUCAACACAUCUGGAAAAGGAUGGAGAAAGAAAAAGUAUGAGCACUGAAAGAACAUUCAGUGAGAUAAACACAGCGGAAGACCAGUACAGCUUGUGUCGAGAACUCUGCAGAGACCUUGCUCAAGACCUACAGAAAGAAGGACUUAAGGGUAAAACUGUUACCUUGAAGCUAAAGAAUGUGAACUUUGAAGUAAAAACAAGAGCUUCAACUGUGCUGUCUUCUGUUUCUGCUGAGGAGGAAAUAUUUGCUGUUGCUAAAGAACUAUUAGGAACGGAAAUUGAUAGUGUUGCUCCUCACCCUUUACGGAUAAGACUUAUGGGCAUACGAGUAUCAGGAUUUCUAAGUGAAGAAGAGAAGAAGUACCAACAAAAAAGCAUUACAAGUUUCUUAAAAUCAGGAAAAGAAACUGGUUUUCUUAGGCUUCAGCCAGGGAAGUCCAACCAAGAAUAUUUCACAAAACAUUCAGAAGAAUCUCCCAGAGGGAGUUUUUUUGAUAAAAAGCGAGCUGCAAGGCAACUAAACAGUGAGAAUCUUUCUCCAAGUGACACUGUAGAUAAGCAGCUCUUUCAUGAUAGGAAAUCAUCAGCAAAUUUUGUGGAAGAAUCAAAGAAAGUCACAGACUUACAGAUUUCUAAUGUGUGUGAGAUCUUCACCUGCCCUGUUUGCUUUGAGGGGCAAAGCAGCAAUAAUUUGGAAGACCUUAAUAGACAUAUUGAUGAGUGCCUCAAUGGGACUUUUGUUAAAGAUAGCGUGCAAAUAUCCAAGAAUGACAAUUCAAUAGAAAAUACACUCAACUUUCUUCCACGAUUUAAAAAUGAAAAUGUUGAAUGUCAAAAAAAGAAAACAGAUCACUUAGCAGGAACAGACCAGUCUGCAAGUACAUCUGACAACUCCACUAGUAAUAGCACAGAAAAAAUUACUCAGAUAAUAUCUGAUAAACGUCACAGAGAAAGACAGCCUAGCAAUCUCAGUGAUAUUGCUAGAAACCUCUGUAUGAAACAAUGCCUCUUCUCCAAAAGAAUUUCCCAAGACAAUAACCAUUUUGAAAAGACUGAACAUACAGAAGCAACUCGUUCAUCCUGUUUCUUUGAAGACAAAGAAGACAGUGUUCUUGUUUGUCCAGUUUGUAAUUCAGAACAGAAAACCACUAGUCUUGUGUCAUUUAACAGACAUGUGGAUGUCUGUUUAAAUAAAGGCCUCAUCCAGGAGCUGACAGAAAAAAAAGAUUUUCCGACUAAGACCUGUAAUGUGGAAAACUCAAACAGAGCUGGUUUAAGCAGCAGACAGCAAUGCACAAAUCCAUCCCAAGGAACAAAAAGGUCUGGACUAACAACUUCACAGUCCAUAUCAAAAAAGGCCAAGUCAAGCAAUUCCAAGCAUACAAUUGAAAUGUUUUUUAAAUGA